UACAAGUCGGAGCUCAGUUGUUUGUGGUAAUGUCAGGACUGUGCCGGUAGACGGCGCCACUGCAGGGCUGUCACUACAGUCUGCGUACUGUAAUAGCAUAGCGUGAACAAUCGGCUCUCUGGAGACUCUACGGGAUGAUCGAGGCGUUUCCAGCCGCCGUCUGGACUCCGGAUCUCCCGACAGCACUCAGCUCAGCUCUUUCCUCUGCUCUCCUGCUUUUCCGACGUGACCGACGACAUGAUGAGCGCAGAGCAGCCAUGCAGCGCCUUAACGCUUUAAAUCUCCAACAUGAGGAUGAAAACGGGCGGAUUGCGGCCAGGAUGAAGCACAGACCCGUGUCUGCCGGACAGGAUUCUUUUUUCCCAGCUGUUUCUUUUUAAUCGGAGUCAUUAUUAUUAUUAUUAUUAUUAUUUAUUUUAUUUUUUAUAUAUAUAUAUUUUUUAUUUUUCUUAAAGCGGGGAUGAAGAAGGAGGAUCCUGGAUUGUGGAAAUCAUUUCCAGAUGAUUCCGGCUUUACGGAUACUUUCAUGUCUUACACUGUGUGUCGAAAUCAUUUAUCGGGAACAAAUGUAAACGGCAAAGUUGUGUUUUUGCAUCGAUUUGCGUGAAAGAAUUACACCUACAUGUGAUCUUUUUUUCUUCUUCUUCUUUUUCUUUUUUUCUUGACUCACAAAACCAGCCUGCAUCAUUGGGCCGUUAUUUAAACUUGACCACCACUUCAUCUUAACCUUAACAAUUAAUCAAUAAUAGCGCAUAUUAUUCACAAUGAAGUGGGUUUAAAAAAGAAAAGAAAAGAAAUAAAUCCAUGAAACAUUCUGAACAUGUUCCCGAAACUUCAGUGUUUACUGUGAAAGAAUUUAAACAACCUGAAUUUUUUUUUAAAUAUAUAUUUUUUAUUCUAUGAAGAUGGAUAAAAAACGGUCAGGAGACAUGACAGUCCUCCAUGUGGGCCUUUUUGCUUUGGUUCUGCUCAGUCCUGUUACUGCCGCUCAGAGUGAAGAGAGGGAGUGUGCAUAUGCGGAGCAGCAGGAUCUGUCCAAGCGCAUUGAUGGAGGAGGAGAAGGGCGUGUCUUCCUGGAAAACAACACCAUUCGCUGUAGCCAGGGUUGGCGGUGCUAUGGAUUGUGGGAGAAAAAGCAGAACGGCGUGCAUCUGGUCAAACAAGGUUGCUGGGGGUUCCAGGGUAGCCAGCGGAUCUGCCAUGACGACCGUUGCCAGGUGACGGAACCAACCUCCCAAAACCAAAAUGGCACCUACCGUUUCUGCUGUUGUAGCAAAGACAUGUGCAACCUGAACUUCACCGAGGACUUUCCCCCACCCAGAUCCACCCUCACACCGCCAGUCCGUGAGCCCACUCGCCAUCUCUACCGAGAGGAGGCCAUCUUGAUUGCCUUGGCAACUGUCUCCAUGGUAGCUGUCCUGAUUGUGCUGCUCUUUUUUUGCCUCCGUGUACUGAGAGGACGUGGUAAACAGAGUCUCCAUAACCUGAACAUGUUGGAGGCGGCUUUCUCUCCUCCAUCGCUGGACCUGGACAAUCUCAAGCUCCUGGAGCUGAUCGGGCGUGGCCGGUACGGGGCGGUGUACCGUGGCUCCCUGGACGAGCGUUCCGUGGCGGUUAAAGUGUUCUCCAGCGUCAACCGGCAGCCGUUUGUUAACGAGCGCUCCAUCUACCGGCUCCUGCUGGACCACGACAACAUCACACACUUCUUCGAGACGGAGGAGCGAGUCGGAACCGAUGGACAGCCCGAGUACCUGCUGAUCAUGGACUUCUACCCGCAUGGUUCUCUCUGCACGUAUCUGAGCACGAGGAUGGUCGACUGGUUGAGCUGCUGCCGUCUGGUCAUGUCUGUCACCAGAGGACUGGCUUACCUUCACACGGAGCUGGUGAGAGGAGACGUGUACAAGCCUGCUGUCUCCCACAGAGACCUGAACAGCAGGAACGUGUUGGUGAAACCAGACGGCUGCUGUGUGAUCAGUGAUUUCGGCCUCUCCAUGGCUCUGACGGGAAAGAGACAGUCAGGUCAUGUGGAGGAGGACAACACGGCCAUCAGUGAGGUGGGCACUGUGCGGUAUAUGUCUCCGGAGGUGCUGGAGGGAGCCGUGAAUCUGCGAGACUGCGAGGCUGCACUAAAACAAGUGGAUGUUUAUGCUCUUGGUCUGCUGUACUGGGAAAGCUUCAUGCGCUGUGCUGAUCUCUUCCCAGGCGAAUCUGUGCCCACGUUCCAGCUGGCCUUCCAGGCUGAGGCGGGGAAUCAUCCGACCAUAGAGGAAAUGCAGGUGCUGGUGUCCCGCCAUAAACAGAGACCCACAUUUCCUGAAGCCUGGAAGGAGAACAGUCUGGCCGUGCGCUCUCUGAAGGAGACGAUGGAGGACUGCUGGGAUCAGGACGCCGAGGCUCGGCUCACGGCUCAGUGUGCAGAGGAGCGGUUGGCUGAACUGCUUAUCCUCUGGGAACGAGAAAAAUCCACAAGCCCUGCUGUAAACAUUAGCACAGCCCUGCACAAUCAUAGGAACUUGUCACAUGGACAUCAAGCACCAAAGACCAGCACCUACUCAGAAACCUUGUCUGCAGCUGUUGUUGAGGAAAGAGAAGGCGGAGCUAAACCUCCUCACAGUGUUGCAUCUACAGAACCUGUGCUGAUGGGAGGAGCUGCAGAGAAGAACAGGAACUGCAUCAACUACGAGCGUCAACAGGCCCAAUUUGGGACUUCAGGGCUUGACGGUGCCACGUCCGUCCCUCUCUCUAUACCUGUCCCAGUUUUGGGUAGCGGCCAUCCCCCCCAUGCCCAGCUCACCCAGGAGGACCUGGAAACCCCUAAACUCGACCUGAGUGAGGUGCAGCGAAACCUGCGCGAGAGCUCCGACGAGAGCCUGAUGGAGCACUCGCAAAAACAGUUCAGCUCUGGUGAAACGGCAAGCUCACACAGUCCCUUCUACCCGGUCGCCGACAUGACUUCUGACAUCACGGGGUCGCAGGUUGCCACGCCCACGCCUGUCCUGCCCAAGCAGCAAAACGUCCCGAAGAGACCCAGCAGUCUGAGUCUGCACUCUAAACCUGCUGCGGCUUCAUCUCUCAGGAUGAAGUUCGGCAAGCUGAGCAAAAGCAAUCUGAAGAAAGCCGAUGUGGGCGUGGCCAGAACUAAAUCCGCUCCUGAGCCAUGCCCGGUUAAGGUUGUCGCCAACAAUGCAGUCUCGUCAAUAAUGUCGAAUUUAACCACGCAGGUGCCACCAGGGGGCACUGUGAGCGCCGCUAAAUCUCAGGGUAAAGACGGUGAGAGCUCAGAUGAGAUGAGCUUCGGAAUCCUGACCACGAGUCCGGACGAGCAGGAGCCUCUGCUGAGGAGAGACACGCAACUGGAAAACAACACCAACAACAACAACAGCAAUAAUAACAGUGGAGACGGCGAGGGAGAAGGAGAGAGUGAGGGAGGAGCCGGAGAGGGAGGAGAGACCGGCGAGAGCACUGCACCAGUCGGAGAGACUUCCUCAUCAUCUGUAACAGAACCUCCUGCACCGCCUCCUCCAUGCCCACCUGUCCUCCAUGCCCCGCCCAUGUCCAUGCCCGAACCCAUGCCCAUGGCACUGACUCAGGGGGAGGCGCUGCUCAGACAGAACCGUGGACGCAGACCCGUGAGACCGAACUCACUGGACCUUUCCAUCACCACGCUGCCCUUAUUGGGAGGCCACUCAGACUACGAUGGGAAGGAGGAAUCAGGAGACAAGAUUAAAAAACGAGUGAAGACUCCCUACGCUCUGAAAAAGUGGCGUCCGGCAACUUGGGUCAUCACCACGGACACGCUGGAUGCUGAAGUGAACAACAACAAGUGUCCUGGAGGUCAGAACCACAACGCUGGACCCAGCAGAGCCAAAUCAGCCUCUGCGGUUUACCAGAAGGGCAGAGGAGGUGUGACCUCCGGCUUCACCUCAGACCCCAGCGACUGCACCUUUUAAAGCUCAGAUUUCCUCAGAGACUCAGUAGACUCAUCACUUUUUUCCGUGCAUGAUCCUGGGGCAUUUCAGGACAUGAAGCUAGUAUCCGGUGGAGAACCAUAGAUGCACUUGGACUAUGGAAAAAAAUCUCUGAAUAAGCACAGCCGUGUGCCAGUUCAGUGUUACUGUUUUAUCUCAUAUCUCUGACGUGUGUUUAUGUGGAGGUUUUUUUAUGUGUUGCACUUGAACAUGAGGGCUGAUUUACGCUUCUGCAUCUGACAUUAUAUUUACAUGUAAUAUAAACAUGUACACUAGGGGCCAGUGUCGCAUAUACAAACUCCAGAAUGUACUGCUGUGGAGAGUGUAGAGCUGAGAGAAGUGAAGUACUUUUCACUCCACAGAGGUGCUGUUAUUUCCGGUUCAGCUGUAGCAUUUACGAACACGAAAUCCUUUCUAAGGUGAUACGGGAGAGACCUGAAAAUGACCCUUUUCUGCUUUUUUUCCUGAUAUUCAAAUAUUCAACUAAAAAUUCCCCCCAGCAAAAAAGCAGUGGAAGGGAACGUGGGACGAGAAAGACGUGCAUUUGCUUCUGAUAGCGAUUAUUUUCUAUAUAUCACAAGACUCUUCACGAGUCUGGGAGCCAAUAGAAAACAUGUGGGUGGGGCUUUGGGUUCUUUUUGUGUCUGUAAAAAUGGAGGAGCUGCUUAUUAUUAGUAUGUAGCACUGGACUGGACUUUUAUGUUGCCAUUUUCUUCCUGGAAAAAAAUAAUUAGCCGACUCAUCCACUGACAUAUGCUAGGGUUUUGUGGUCAACGUAUGUUUUUUUUUUUCAGUUUGGCUUCCAUGAUCUAUUCAUUAACGAUGUUGGCCGUUCAGUGAUCCUCCAUUUUGUUUUUGUACUGCUUCUGAUUCUGGUUUGGGUCUGAGUUUUUGCUCUCAUGUUAUAUUGUUACUAGAUACACCUUCCUGCUCAACCAAUAAGUUCUGCUUUUCCACAAUCCACUUCUUUGUGUCUUGACACAAAAAUAUUUACAUACAGUCCAUGCAUCUUUGCAGAAGUAUAAAUCAGCCCUAACAAUCGUACAUCUUGAUUCUGUUUCGAGCAUAACAUGAUUACGGUCCCUAAACAAAAGAAAUGAUGGACAAGCAAGAGCUUGUUUUAAUGUUUUCUAAAUGUUGUAAUCAAUAUAUAAAAGAGCAUAUCGUGAUAUAGCGUGCACAUGAUUUCUGUAAGAUGGAAGUUUUGAUCAGGAACAGCUUGUGGAAACGUGCUAGCAUUACUAAGCCCUCUCUGACAGCUAUAAAGACAUCAAUAUAAUGUUUCAUUUUUGACAUCUACGUCAGAUUAUUCGCUCUUUACAAAAACAUAAGCGGAUUAUUUAGUAUAUUUGUGGAACCGAGCGCAACGGCACCACCAAUGGUCGUAAGAAAAACACACACUGUUAUGAAGAAGUGUGAAGCGAGGCUAGGGCUGAUUUCUUUCUAGCUCAGGCUGUAGAUUCACGUAGCCAAUCAGUGUCAGUCAUGUCAGGUGUUUAUAUAGACUGACAUACCCCCUAGAUUGCUCGAUCUGUUGAGAUAUUGACAGAUAUUACAUUUGAUCUCUCGUCUAAUAUCACCACCAGCCGUCACUAUGUAUAGAUAAAUCCUCACUUUACACUCCAUACUGUGUCUAACUGUUUAAAAAAAAUACAAUUUCCACUCGUGUCUGUUUAGACACACCACGAAAAAUCAGGAGGAUGGGAAAACUUUCUAUCAAUCCACUUCAAUAGUGUUCAUGCUUUGCCACGCUAUUAGGGCUGGAAAAUUUCCAUGAUGUGAAGAAAAUGGACAAAAUGAUUCAUAAUGUAUAAGAAUGGAAAUGUGUGGUGCGAUAUUUGGUGGAAAGGAUUACAAAUUUACUGAACUUAAAAAAAAAAACUUUAAAAAAAACUUGUUUCAAUAGCGUUGUUUCCGUAGCAUUGAAGUUAGCUUACUUUAUUCAUAAUUUUAAACUACAAGAGAGAAAUUCUGUGACAACAGGAUACCUUUGAAUAAAAUGUCACAUAAUUUAAAAAUAAAUAUAAAUUUGGGGGAGAUCCAUAGACUUUUGCAAGUUAUUAGAAAUUAAUCAGAAAUUUAUCUCAUCUCGGGUAUGAAGAUAAACUGUGGUUCUGAUUUACUAAGAUCCAAAAUAACGAGCAUCAAUUUGUGAUGUUUUUUGGAUGAUUUCUGAAGAUUAAUUGCGUGAAUUACAUCACGUGCGAAAACGGGGUAGAAAACAAUAUUUACAUCAGGUUUUUGAGUCUGAUAGCCGUGACGAGUACCGAUCUCUCAGAAAAGUGGAACUGAAACGAACCCUUGUCUCACGUAUAUAUAAUUUCUUGUCCAAUAGAAUGUAAAUUCAUUGUAAUGUGUCAAAAAACUGUUUCAAAUAUUGUCGGCAUAGGAACAUAUGGUGGCAUAGGAGGUAUAGGAACAUACGGUGAAUAUUCGAUAUUAAACUAACUUUUGCUGUUAUUUUAAGAAACUUUUUAAUCAUUUUGAGAUACUGGAGCUUGAUAAACCUAUGAUUUUGUCUUCAUCUGCCGGAAAUGGACUUCUGCCACUUUAUUACUUGCCCUUCACGCGUAUUAAUUUGCACAUCCAAUCACUGUUUGGGAAGGGAUUUUCAGGUUUAGUAAAUCACACUGCAUGUGAUAAAUUCAUUUCUUUGCAUCGACCGCGCCCUGUAUUUAGCACUUUUAAGUAAAAACGUCCCAAAUCGCAUAUUUGUUAAGGCAAGCGCGCAAAACCGGACAGCACAUGCUAUUUUGUGAAAGACACAAAUCGCCGUAAAGCUUGUUAGUAUACUGUAUCAGUUUGCACAUUUUUCUUUUUGUUUUAUCGAGUUUGCAUGUGUUUUAAUACACACAGAACUUUUAGUAAACUAAAGACUUAAGCAAGAAAAAAGGGGGACAUUUUUGUGACAUUUACCCAUGUGCUGCAUUUGUUUGCUUUGGAUAGCAUAAUAAUGGAACUGUUGAGAUGUGUGCGUGCGUGUGUGUGUGAGUGGGGGGGGGGGGGAGUGAGAUUAUAUGUUUCUCUGUCUUUCCAGUGUAUGGAUAAUUGUCUUUCCAUGUAUAUGGAUAAUUUUCGUUAUGCAUGUCUAUAUGUGUUUGUGUACAUGUGGACGUUCACAUUAAAGGACAAAAAGCAGGACAUGCCAUAGGUCAAAGGUCAAAUCAAUCUCUAUGCACAAAGACACGCCCUAUAGCAGCUCUGAGCUCACAUCUGUCACUAAAACCCUCAAGGACACUGCUGACGUUUUCUCCUUCUUCAUACUAAUGCAUGGAUUAAACAAUUUUUUUUUCAGGAGCACAAUAUUACCUUUGACUUUGAGAUGCCCUCUGUUUCCAUGUGUGUGUAGGUUUAUUAUAAUUUUUUUUGUAUGUUCUGCUGUCACGUGUGUGUUCAGUGUUGGUCCAGUCCGUCGUUUGAUCGGUCACCUUACGCCUGUGAAGAAAAUGCCACCUUGGUGUACCCUUUGGAAUUUGUGAUUUCUAUCGGAUUGCAAAACUGUAUCGUUGCUGCAUUUUAAUAAAUAAUGCUUUGCAGUC